AUGCUUCUAGCUUGUGCGCUUCUGAUCUUGCUCUGGUCUGGUAAACGAAGUAAUGCUAUUCAAGGUCAACCUCAGGACAGCUUUGACAGCAACAUGAUAUUUUUUCCUUUACCAGAGCCUCCAUUCAGUCCACCCACAACAUUUGAUGAACUGGCUUUCGUACUUGAUAAAGCAGACUUGGCUCUAGAGCACUCGGUGGUUGCAAUUCUCCCAGUCUCGCCUCGCACAGUGGUUGAUCUAGAAAGAAUACUCUCAUCUCUUGUCGACUCUGAGCACAAACUAGGUAGCAUCUCGCUUGUCUUCGCAGAUGAAAUCGUUCUCGAUGUCCGUCAAACAGUAUCAAAGCACAUCUCCGAACGCGUUGAGUGUAACCACGCGAUGUCAGUGGAAAUUACCUUACAUCCAUGCGGGCGGUGCACCGAUACAGCUCUCAUGGUAUUUUCCGCUCUACCCCGCCUGAAUGCAGAGGUGGCUUUAGUCCUAGAUGAAGAUGGUCUUCUACAGACAACUAGUUAUGCUCGACAUUAUCUUCUCAAUCCACGCCUUGUGGAUCUUCCGGUGGGUCCAAUAGGCUUCCAGACCUUGCUUGGCAACACCACCUCUGUCAUUCCCACUGACGGGCCCAUUUCAGCCUCUUACCUCUCACCUCCAUUCGUCAUGUCGAUCCACACUAUGCGCGGUUUUUAUCCUUUCGGGCCCUCGCUCAUCUGGCAUGCACUAGGUUCUUACGUAGCAGUCAAUCGCCUGGACAUGAUUGGAGGCGUUGUCAUCCCUCAAGUCGUAGACAACAACCAACAUUCCGAAAGCUUACCUGCAGUGGACGGACCUUCUCUCAUCGACAAUGAUACACAUGUCUCGACUGCUGGAACCUUCGUCUUGGUGUUCGCCAAAGUGGAAGAUUUGAAGGCUUUUUCUACUGUCGCGUGCGGGCUCCAAAAUGACGGCCACGUCGUUCGUGCCUUUAUCUACGACGAAUCCGAUUUUUAUGGCGAACAUAGCUCUUUGACGAUAUCUGAGACUUGCGUCUUGCUCUUUUAUUCUCGGUCAGAUGACUUGCGCGCCUUCAGGAAUUGGAUGAAGUCUCUUCUAGGUGCACCGGACGUGAUGAUUGGACUGUCAGAUAGCGACUUCAUCUCUGCGACUCUCUCCCAAGUGGUACAGGAACACCCUUACCUUGACACGACUUUGAUUCGCUUACCAAGAGCCGACCUUCCUUAUUCCUCUUGGAUGAAGGCGCUGGCUCUCGAGGACUGGAUAAGAAUAUCAGACUGGAACGCUCCCGAGGUAACGGUCAGCGUUAUCACUAAUGAUCGCCCUGCUUCCCUGCGACGACUCCUCAAUUCUUUGAACAACGCCCGAUACUUCGGUGACGACCUGUUACUCAGGAUCAACGUCGAGCAGGCGGCCGAUGACGAGACACUGCGCAUUGUCGAUGGCUUUGAGUGGGGGUAUGGAAAUGUGUUCGUUCACCGGCGGGUCAUUCACGGCGGUCUGCUUCCCGCUGUGGUUGAGUCUUGGUACCCUCGUGACAACAAUUCCUUUGGUAUUCUCCUAGAAGACGACACAGAAGUUUCGCCCCUUUUCUACGCUUGGACCAAGAUGAACAUCUUGCAUUUUCGGCUCUUUGGAGUGAGCUUGUAUCAACAGAAAAACAUUGAACUCAAGCCAGAGGGACGAGUACCAUUUAACCCUAGACGGCUUUUCAAAGACACUGGUUUCAUUGAUUACGCUACUCCGUACCUUUCCCAAGUUCCCUGUAGCUGGGGCGCCGUGUAUUUCCCGGAGCACUGGAGGGAGUUUCAUGACUACCUCGCCAUGCGGCUAUCAGAGCACGUCUUGGACAUACAUCUUGACGUUGUGCCUGACGUUCGGUCAAACCACUGGCCGCGGUCGUGGAAGAAGUACUUCAUCGAAGUCGCUUACCUGCGUGGCUACGUGAUGCUCUAUCCUAACUACGAGGACUUUCUGUCGCUCUCGACCAAUCACCUUGAGAUAGGCUCUCAUGUUAAGGCUCAGCCUCAGGAAGCAUUCCUCAAGAAGCGAGAGCUCUUUUUACUCCCUCUAAUGCCUUUGCCAGAUCCAUGUUCAGCGGAUCCUGGUCUCCUCUCUGGACUCCCCGGUCAGAAACUUCCUAAGUGGAAUCACCUUCCGGUCUUGGACUUCAUAGGACACACCACUUCUCUAGAAGAAUUAGUUCGCCGGGGCUUACAGCGACGCUCUGAAAUCAUCUCUUGUCCAACCAGAAACACUGCCCCUUUCGAUAUUCGUGGAUACUUGUGUCUGUACGAAGUGGAUUCCGAAAGCCAGAAGCAAGCAUGA